AUGUAUGUAUCUAUCUAUCUCAGUCUAUUCAUAUCUAUCUAUCUAUCUAUCUAUCUAUCUAUCUAUCUUAGACUAUUAAUGGUGUAUUUAUGUAUGUAUCUAUCUAUCUCAGUCUAUUCAUAUCUAUCUAUCUAUCUAUCUAUCUAUCUAUCUAUCUAUCUUAGACUAUUAAUGGUGUAUUUAUGUAUGUAUCUAUCUAUCUCAGUCUAUUCAUAUCUAUCUAUCUAUCUAUCUAUCUAUCUAUCUAUCUAUCUAUAUAUCUAUCUUAGACUAUUAAUGAUGUAUUUAUGUAUGUAUCUAUCUUUCUCAUCUAUUCAUAUCUAUCUAUCUAUCUAUCUAUCUAUCUAUCUAUCUAUCUAUCUAUCUAUCUAUCUUAGACUAUUAAUGGUGUAUUUAUGUAUGUAUCUAUCUAUCUCAGUCUAUUCAUAUCUAUCUAUCUAUCUAUCUAUCUAUCUAUCUAUCUAUCUAUCUAUCUAUCUAAGACUAUUAAUGGUGUAUUUAUGUAUGUAUCUAUCUAUCUCAGUCUAUUCAUAUCUAUCUAUCUAUCUAUCUAUCUAUCUAUCUAUCUAUCUAUCUAUCUAUCUUAGACUAUUAAUGGUGUAUUUAUGUAUGUAUCUAUCUAUCUCAGUCUAUUCAUAUCUAUCUAUCUAUCUAUCUAUCUAUCUAUCUAUCUUCUAUCUAUCUUAG